CCAUCUGUUUGUAGCUUACAAGCAGCUUGAGGAUAAAAUAAAUUACCCUCUGACAUGUCAGGUGAGCUUGGACUCAAACACUGCCUGCUUCAGUCUAGCUCCAGGGAGACAUGCUGGGUAAUUUAAGAAGCAUUUGGGCUGAUGUUGAAUAGUGUAGCACCAUUUAAUUCAGAAAGGCAUGGACACCGGUAAAAAGGAAAUGCCAAAUUAGUCAACCAUGCAGAACACUAUCAGAUCAUCUUCAAGUGCACAAGAAAGAAAGGUUAUGAUGUAUAAAGAUUCCUACAAAUUUCCCUUUUUUUAAAACCUUUUCCUAUAAUGUUUCAUUCUAAAUCAUAAGUUUUAGUAUAGAGAGAUAUUUUCCAUACUUAUAUAUCUAGGUAAUUGAAAGUACUUACUGAUGCAUGAUAUUAUUUUUGGGGGGCUUUAUGAAGUGAACUUGUGAAAUUAGCGCGUCUAUAAUGUUUGGCUUUGCUUAGGAGCACGAUUCAAAUUAGCACUGUUUGAAUGGGUAAACCGCAAACCAUGAAAGCUUUCUUCAUGGCCUCAGAUCUAGUAUGCAGGAUCUAUUGGCGCACAAUACAUCAGAAGGAACGUGACGGCUAAAGUUGCUCAACACAGAUGAAAAGAAGAAUUUGAAUUCAUGCACUGCAAACAGUAAUGCAAUUUAUGGCAGCUCUGACGUGGAAGUCAAGCUUCCAAAUUUCAGCUGGAGCACAGUAGCUGGACGUCUUCCGUCUCUGCCAUAUUAUGUAACACUCUGAGACUCCUUCAUGACGUGGAAACUUUGUCUAACCACAAAAAUCACGAAAUGAAGCACCAUUAAAAGCAAAGUUGUGUCAGAAUGUAGAAAUCUAGAUUGAGUUUCAUAAGAUUAUUUGAGUUGAAGCUUGCAGCGCAGGGUCAAGCAUUUAUGGUGCACACUUUCUUGGUUCGAUGCUUUCAAGGUUAUUCAUGCACAGUUACUAAGUAUUUUGAAGCGAGAGUUUGGGAAGGAAUUUCAGUCAGUCUCACCCUUCCAACAAGAAGCCUCUUUCUCUAGCUGUCUAUCAACAGAAAAGUCGUGGAAUGCUGCUUUAGCUGUGAUGUGCGACACAUGCUUGGACUCAUGAGUAAAAUGGAAAAAAUGUCCUUCUUAUUUCUUUUCCUGUGAACUGCACAGAAAGAGAAACAACAUGGGAAUGAGUGGUUUUUUUUAGAUCACAGCUGUGAACAGCAUUAUGUUCUUGGAAAAGCCUGUUAACUCUUUGUUUACUACAGGAGGACUGGCUUAAAAUAAAUGGCUUUUGAUGAAGCAUAAAUGCUAGACUGAAAAUUGUGAUGGGCUUAAUUCAGGUUGUUGAUUUAGUGCAAUUACUGGAGUCGAGGCUGAAUGUGGAGGCUCUGAGUAAGCGAGAUGUGCUGCUGCUCUUUAGUGUUCUUGAGGGAGAGCUGGAGGCCAGAGACUUUGUCAUACAGGCACUCAAGGCCCAGUGCAGAGAUUCUUACAUCUGGGAGCGAUAUGGCAAAUACAACCUGAGCGACCCGUUCCUGGCCCUACAGAGAGACGGUGAGGUCCUCCAGAGCUCGGGCCAGACCAGGGGAGACAGAGAAAGUUCCUCCCAGAGACGAGAAGGGUUCUGUGGGGCCACGGCUCACUCGGAUCCUCUGGCGGUCCUGAAGCUGGUGGUCGGACACUGUAGAAGGAUGCAAGAGAAGAUGCUGAAACAGCUGGCAGCUGCCGAGACCAGACACAGGAGGGUCAUUGCUGAUCUGGAGGAGGAGAAGAGGAAGCAUGCUGAGGACACUGCAGAAGGAGACGACGUCACUUACAUCCUGGAGAAGGAGAGAGAGCGCCUCCUGCAGCAGUUGGAGUUUGAGAAGGCAAAGAUGUCCAGAAUGGAAAGGGAGAACAAACGACUGUACGAUCAGUUAGAAGAGCAGCGAGUCCAGCAUAAACAGCUUAUGACGGCGCUGAGACGAGAAUGCAAACGCUCCAGCACACGUGCCCAUAAGGAAUCCCAGCGCUCCAACGAAAUCAGCCAUCGCCUCGAUCGUGAGCGAGCGGCCAAUCAGGCUCUGAGGGCGGAGCUCCAGGAAGAAAAGAAGCAGGCUAUGCAAACGGAGGCGAGGCGAGAGGAGCUGCUGGCCGAGUUUGACACUGAAAGGGAACAGCUUGGGCUGAGAUUAAGAAAAGAGGAAGUGCGCUCCAGAGCACUACAGGAAGAACUAGAGAAGCUGAGGAGAGAGAUGAACAAUGCAGAAGAGAAAUCAAAUAAGAUGCAGACAAAAAUGAACGGACACCAUGUUCCUAUAGAGGAAGAUGGGAAUUUUGAGAAGCAGGGCAUGUUAACCAAUGGGAGCUCUCAGACCAAUCCACAAGCUCACAGCCCCACAAACAUCAAUCAAUCCCCUGACAUGCCCAGCACACAAGCUGCAUACCAGGCUGGCAUCAACCAGCGCUUCCAUGCAGCCCGUCACAAGUUCCAGGGCACCUCUGAUCAAGAUUCCCAGACCCUCUCCUCCCCUCCGAAUAGUCCAUGUGACUUCUCGCCCUCUGCAGCCCAUGUGACUCCACCAGACAACACUUCUUCUAAACAAGCGGCCCGCAGCAGCGUCACACAUGCCCCGAGUCGCUUCAGCACUCAGCAGAGUCCCAGCAAACCAACAUCCCCCAACAGUUCCCCUUUCGGCACAGAUUACCGCACACUGGCAAAUUCUGGGAUGUUGUCUCCCACCAUCAGGUCUCCAACUAUUUCCAGAGGGAACCCACCUCCAGUCCCACCCAAAAAACCAGGCCUCGCUGACACACCGCCUUCUCCGGCCACACUCCGGGCUGCUCACUUGGCUCAAAUGACGGUCGGGUGAGGACGCUGCAGCAACUCAGAGAACAGCAAAGAACCAGAUCUGGUGCUGCCGUCUAGCGGCUAGCUAGCACAAAUGAUGAACUUGAUUGUGUCAAACACUGUUGAUUAUUAUUUGUAUUUUUUUGUAAGGGACAUUUCAGGUUUUUUAAUGCAGUUUUAGAAUAUUAGAAAUGUAUAUUUUCUCUAAGUAAAUUUGCAAUACUACCAUCUCAGUCAGAUGCAUGUUGUGUGCAUGAAUACAUUAUACAUUCUGUAUCUUACCAUGAGAAAAAUCACCUGUUUAUCACAGACAGUCACCAGCUUCAAUAAAUAGUUUUAUAUAUUGUCAUUCAAACAAAUAUAUAUGAACACUACCAUUAAAUAGUUUGGGAUUUUUUUAAUAAUUUACUACUUUUAUUAAGCAAGGCUGCAUUAAACCGAUCAAAAGUUACAGUCAAGACAUUUUUUUAAAACUUAUAUGAUUAUUUUA